GGUACACUCGAAAUCAGCAACCCGUUCGUAACAGCACAAAUUUUAGCAUCAAUGUGACGUAUGACGUCGCCAGCGAUGUGACCAGUCAUCAGCAUGGUCUCCAACUCUUUUUUCGUAUACUUGUGGUUGUACCUCCCAUUGCUCACAACGGGCAAGCAAUUUUCGGCUAGAAAUGCAACCGUGAAAUGCAGAUUCAUGGAAUCUCCAGAAGAGGACAUCUGGCGAAACUGUGACUGCGUUCCAGUAGACAAUGAUGGUUCAGUCCACAUUAUGUGCCGCCAACUAUUGGCUCCCACAGUACCAUCUCUACCCUCUGCUGAUGGAAAUCACAGAGAAAGUAUUGUCGCCCUAUCGAUGGUCGAAGGCAGCCUAGCCUUCGUUCAGCAAGAUGCUUUCCGAAUGCACGACAUUCAAGCCCUAGAUUUUUCUAACAACCAGAUUCAAACAGUAAACGUAAACGCUUUUCGAGGUUUAGAGAUGAAGCUGACUCAUCUUAGCCUCAAGCACAACAACCUGUCCGUCAUUCCUGCCUGGGCACUUACGUAUUUACAUCAUUUGCAAGUGCUGCACUUGGACGGCAAUCGCAUAAGCUAUGUUCGAGCUAAUACCUUUGAUGAGACUCAACUCAAUAACCUCCAUUUUCUUCACCUUGACAACAAUCAAAUAACCUUCAUUCCAAAUAUGGCUUUUGCAAGGCUUCGCUUGAUCGUGCUCACAUUAUCGAACAAUAGGAUAACCCAUUUGGAAAAAAUGUCGCUUCCCCCCUCGCUAAGUAUCCUUGAGCUCAAAAACAAUCUCCUAACUCAGAUUCCCUACCUCGCACUGAAGGAAGAGACUUCUUUGCAAGUACUGGAUCUCGACGGAAACAAUAUAACUUCCCUGCAUUCACACUCAGAAGUACAUUUCAAAAAUGAGCUGAGGCUUGUGUUACGAAAUAACAAGAUACGAUCGCUGGCAAGCACUUCUUUCAAAAGCUUCCGAAAAUUCAAAGAGCUUGACCUCAGUUACAACCAGAUAUCAAGUGUACAUCCGGGAGUGUUCGAGGACAUAAGCCAGAUAAAAACUCUGGACCUGAGCUACAACUCGAUAGCUUUCAUAGCUCGUGGAACUCUGAAGAAUUUGGCAAAAAAUCUCGAACGAUUAAAUCUUGAGGAGAAUAUUUUCCAUGCGCUUCCAGAGGCCCUCAAGGACCUCCGAAAUUUGACACACUUGAAUCUAAAUGGCAACAAGCUCAGCAAGCUCAAUGAAGAAGUGACUGGCGGAGUGAAAGACGCACUAAUAGAACUAUCACUAGCUUACAAUCGCUUGAAGAUGGUUCCUACAAAUAUCCUAAGUGGGAUGACCCGUCUACAGCACCUCGACCUAUCCAAAAAUAAUAUAAAAAGCCUUCAUCGACUAGCAUUCGGAACAUUUGACGGGACCGGAACAAGCCUGGUGCACUUGAAUUUGGCUGGUAAUCAGCUCAAAAUCAUAGCCGAUCCAGGAGUUUUCCUCUAUAUGACUUCACUGGCAUACCUGGACCUUUCAUACAAUCAACUUGAAAAAAUCGAGCCACAAGUGUUUGAGAAACUACCCGGAUUGGAGCGCCUAUAUUUGCAAAACAACAGACUGCGUGAAAUGAUUUUUGGAAUGUCAAAGAUGCAAAAGCUCCGUCAACUCAAUCUAGAUAACAACGAAAUCAAAGAGCUGCCAGACUACUUGCUCACCGCCACCCCCAUCCUUGAGCACUUGUCGCUGGCAGCAAACCAAAUCAGUUCGAUAAAUGGCAAAGUUUUCCAUUCUACUACUUCCAAAGCGCUAAAAUCGCUCAAUCUCGGCGGAAACAAAAUAGCAAACAUAUCGGGUAGAUCGUUUGAACUUCUUGAAAAUCUACAGGUGCUAAAACUCAACAAUAACCGCAUCCGCAGCAUAGAUUCAUCGGUAUUUGCGGAAUUACGAAACUUGCGGCAUCUCGACCUAUCCAAUAAUGAGAUCACAUGGAUACAUCCGCAAGCGUUCUCGAAUAUGCCGGCUCUUGAGACUUUGCUACUUGACAACAAUCGUAUAGAAGGCAUCGACAGAUCUGCAUUUCAUCGAAUCAGUCGCAUCGAGACACUGGACCUUAGCCAUAACAAACUGAGAAACUUCAGUUGUGAGCAGUUAGGCUCUAUCCAAACUGUCUACAAUCUCAAUCUCGCCCAUAAUCAACUCGCACAGAUUGAUCUCACGUGCAUUCUACGAAGCCUGAUACGCUUGGAUCUAGGACACAAUUUCUUGGAAACGAUUAGGAAGGACAUGAUGGAUGGUGCUGAUAGACUACUGGAUAUCAAUCUUAGCAACAACGGCAUUUUGGAAUUACAAGGACACACAUUCUCAUGUUGUCCGAGACUGACUGCUAUCGACCUUUCGCACAAUCACCUAAAAACGGUACAAAAAGGAACGUUUGCUGAUCAGGAACUAUUGACACGCCUGGACCUAAGCUACAACGUCCUACAAACAUUUCAACGUGGAUGUUUUGGGAAGAAUAACAUCCUCCAACUCAAUGUAGCCUCCAACGAGAUUGCAAAAGUUCCCAUAGAAGCCCUGCAGUCUACAACAUGCAUCUCAUCUCUUAAUUUGGACAAAAAUCAAAUCCGAGUACUAGAAACGUCACAGUUCUUUGGACUACAUAAUCUAACCAGACUGGUGAUCUCACGAAAUCUUGUUGAAGCUAUUGAAGACGCAGCUUUCGAACAGCUCCCAGCACUCAAUUAUUUGGAUAUCAGCAACAACCCUAUAAGCACUUGGAGUCCAUCUGCUUUUAGAAAUAUGGGUAGUUCUAUAGAAAGCCUCAAUCUAGCGAACACCGGAUUAUUUUCUAUACCGAGAAUGGAACACCACGCUAUUCGUCACUUCAAUUUGAGCAUGAACAAGAUCUACGAGAUAACAAGAACGGAUAUGAAAAGAACGGCGCAAUUGAUCACGUUAGAUAUCUCAAAUAACAACCUUCAAAAGCUUGAAGAUGAUGUAUUCGAAGAUCUAGUGAAUCUCAAAGAACUGAAUAUAAGCGGAAAUCCAAUCAAAUACAUUGUUGGUAAUCACUUUCAGCCUCUGUAUGAGCUCGAAACACUGUCGAUGCAUGAUCUUCCAUCACUGACGCAACUACCUAGUCCUUCCGAGUUUUCUUAUCUUGCAAGCCUUCACAAUUUAGAGAUGUACAACGUCGGGAAUAGCAGUUUGAGGUGUAAUGUAACCCACAUCCUGCACCACCUACCACCGUUGCAAUCUCUGUACAUAGAAUUGCGAGAUCCGAUAUUCGACAGCCAAUUGCAUGAUGUCGACAUGACACACAUGAGGCGAUUGACAAUAACCGGAAAGACUAUCGCAAAUAUAAGUUCGACAGCAGUGCACGCUUUGAGAGGUUACAAAGUGCAUCUAUCUGUGAUCAACACUUCAUUGCAAGACUUCCCCACAUCCCUCUUCACCACACUAAGCGGCAUCUACUUUCUCACCUUAACUCUAUCAUUCAACAAAAUUCGAAGCAUCCAACCAUUCAAAAACUCGGUUCAACCUUGGGUGAAUCAACAUGGUACAAUACUUGAGACAAUUGAUCUAACCGGAAAUCCAAUUCAGUGCGACUGUUCAAUGACGUGGUUGACCGAAUGGAUACGAUCAUCCACAAGCAACGCGCGGCAGCUUGAGCACGUCUAUUGCAAUAAUAAUGCAAUACAGGAAUAUUCAUUAGCCUACGUGUAUGCAAGAUAUGACGUAAACUCAUCUUUGUGCUCAUCACAAAACGGGAGAACUGUUGAUAUGAUUUCAUUCUUUGUUUGUACAUUAUGGGUACUGCUGUUUGUUUCAAUAUGA